AUGCGUCGCGUAGUGGCAUUGGUGUUUGCAGUGCUGCAGCAGGCUUCAGCCUUCUCAAGACGAAUCCUUGACCCUCUCAUCCGAUUUCCAUACAGACUCCUGCUUUUGGGCAAAAAUCCAGAUACUUCUGUGUGCACCUGCCGCAUUCAAGUUGCGAAGGAGAUUCUUGAAACAAAGAAUUUGGAAAUCAAUGCGGCAAAGGCCAGGGAUCUUUUUCAAGCAGAUCUGCAAUUUGCAGCAACACAAGGCAUUUUGAAAGGAGCUCUGCGGGUGUUUAUUCGAGGCAUUGCCAGAUGCUGGCAAUGUGACACUAGGGAUUGCGAGCGAAUAAACAAGCAUUUGGCCCUUUUCACAGAGCGGGGGCCAACAUCAUCACAUGAGCUGAUUUCCAGCCGCGCUUGCAUAAAGCACUUCUUGGGCGAGUCUGUGAAUCCUGGAGCUUCUGAGAAACGGCGGAAAUGGAGUGAAUACAAACCCACAGCACAAUCGUUGCUGCAGCUUUGCUUGUCCAGUUGGCCUGACAAAGCAGAGGUCCAAAACAACACCUCACGGUGGGAACAGCCGGCGCCACCAGAAGACUUGCCUCCUGACAGAGAAAUGAGCCGCGUGUAUGACAAGUUGAUCGGAAUUCCAGGACAGACUGCUCGAAAGAACUGGGCCGCAUGCUGGAACAUGAUGAUCAACAAGAAACUGGCAGCUGCGUCUGAGUCUGAUACUUCAGUUUCUGCAGGCUCAUCAUUGGUGGUCACCAUUAUCAAAAAACAAGCUGGGUUUCAAUCUACCUAUGAUCACUAUAUCACAGCAGAGAAGGUUCGAACAACUCGACGGCUGGUUCUGUGUGAAACGCGGGGGGACAGGGAACUGUGGUUGAAAGAGCCGUUGACUUUCUUGAAUUCCCUUGAUGUCAUCUCCUCGUACUGGCCGUUUGUUCGAAGCGGUGCUCACGUGCGAGUUUUCAUUCUGAAACCAAACAAGUAUGAUGCCAAAAACCUUCCAGCUAUCAAGUAUGUUGGCCUCACUGAGAGUAAGCCCAUUGCGCAAGUGGACUUGGAGAAGCCGUCGACCAAAAUGAAAGAGGCCUUUAAACCACUUGAACAGAAAAUACUGGAACUAUUGAUGGAACAAGCGGAAGAAGAUCUUGAGAAAGCAGCCGGUGAUGAUGGUGGCACACAUGGGAGUGCGAGUGUACUGACUACGGCAGAGCACAUUUUGAGGGAGGCUUGCCGUGAGACAACAUCAACAGUUCUGGAUGAUUUGGAAGAGAAAAAGCAAGAGCUGGAGACCGAAGCCAACGAAGAAACUAUGGAGGAUAGUGUUCGGGCAGUGGAGGAGCAGGUAGUGAAAGAUGCAUUGAGAACUGGAGCAUGUCCAAUGCCGUGA